GGAGGUGUUCCUGGUGGCCAUCUUUGAUGCGCGAAGUGAUUGUUUGACGAAUAGAAAUAAUAGAAAAUAAAAAUAUAGCGUAAAAAGUUAAGUAAUUGUGCUGGAACCGAAGGGGAUAUUAAGAGGAAAGGUGAAACUCAGGAAAAUAAGGAAAAGAAGGCAUGAAGAAAACAUCAUAGUCAAGUCGUCAUGGCUGAUAAAAGGAAACUUCAAGGUGAAAUAGACAGAUGUUUGAAAAAAGUUGCGGAAGGAGUAGAGCAGUUUGAGGACAUUUGGAAAAAGCUCCACAAUGCAGCCAACGCCAACCAAAAAGAAAAAUAUGAGUCUGACCUCAAGAAAGAGAUAAAAAAAUUACAGAGGCUUCGAGACCAGAUUAAGACGUGGGUUGCCUCCAGUGAGAUUAAAGAUAAAAGACAGCUAGUAGAAAACCGAAAACUCAUAGAAACGCAAAUGGAGCGAUUUAAGAUUGUGGAACGGGAGACCAAAACGAAAGCGUACUCUAAAGAGGGACUCGGUCUAGCUCAGAAAGUCGAUCCCGCACAAAAAGAGAAAGAAGAGGUCGGGCAGUGGCUAACGAACACGAUAGACACUUUGAACAUGCAAGUGGAUCAGUUUGAGAGCGAGGUAGAAUCACUCUCUGUCCAGACGAAGAAGAAAAAAGGAGAUAAAGAGAAGCAGGAUCGGAUAGAAGAACUUAAGCGCCUGAUCGAGCGGCACCGCUUUCACAUUGGCAUGCUCGAGACCAUCCUCAGAAUGCUGGACAACGAUUCGAUACAGGUGGAUUCCAUCCGCAAGAUUAAAGAUGACGUCGAAUACUACCUUGAUUCAUCUCAGGACCCAGACUUUGAAGAGAACGAGUUCAUCUACGAUGAUAUUGAUUUUGAGGAGAUCCCCCAGCCAAUAGUGGCAACAUCUCCACCAGGUAACACGGAAGAUGACAUUUUCCAGCACUCAAGUUCUACGCCGACCUCAACGACGUCGUCUUCACCCAUCCCUCCCUCCCCAGCUACUUGCACUACGAAUUCGGAAGAUGAAAAGAAAAGAGGUCGUUCGACAGACAGCGAAAUCAGUCAGUCGCCAGUCAAGACAAAUCCUGCUUUCUUAUUUCAGUCACCUAUCAAGAACGGAAAUCCAUCUUCAUCUCUAUCCUCCUCGUCCUCAUUGUCAUCGUCCUCGGGAGCGUCUUCAAACUCUUUGAUCUCCAUGGCAACUAUAACCAGCGGUGCAAGCUCGACAUCAGGGGGCAGCAGCCUUUUAGGCCAUGUGAUGGCCUCCCAUCAGAACUCUGGCAGCUACAGUUCAGCAACCCAGCAACAAUCGCAACAAAGCACGCAUCAGCACCAGCCCAAAAACUCCUCCCAGUCCAACGCUAACUCCGCCUCCAACAACAGUAUCUUAAUCUUGACACCAACAUCGACCUCACCGCCUAACACCAGCACAACCGGCCCUGUGACACCCGUCUCCCAGAGCCAGACGGGUUUCGGUUCCAGUCUGGGCCUGGGGAAAGGUACACCAACAAGUGGCGCAAACCAGAUCCCCGGCCUGGUCCUCUCAGGGAUGCCGGCAUCCCUGAGCAGCAUGGCUGGGUUUUUGAGUCCGGCACCUUAUGCUCAAGCGGCCGCAGCAGGUGCUUUGAGCGUCGGGUUUUCGGGAGCAAAUGUUAGUAGUACCAACUCCAGUGGAGUUGUAACAUCAAUGACUGCUAACGGAAGUCUGAGCUCCACGAGCCUCUUGGGUUCGGGGCCUGGUGUGUUGGGUCUCGGGUUGACGCAGUCUUCUGUGGAGCCUCUGGUGGUUUUAAGCCCUGUGGGAGGUGGACUGACCUCAGGGAGCAGUGUGGGAGUUAUAGGAAGCAACAUAGGGACCUCUGGGUCAGGAAGUGCACCGGCUAUGGGAAGUGCCGGGUUACCCCGACCACCUAGUGGACCGAAACAAAAUGGCGGUACAAGUUAUAGUGCCGUGGUAGCGGACAGCACAUCUGACUCCAUUCUCAACAGUGCCACCCAAUUGCAAAAUAGCCAAUCUACAUCCUUAAAUUCCUCAGCAAAUCAGCCAAAGGACACUGGGUCCAGCCUUCUGGGGUCGAUGAUGCUGCCGCCCAGCUCGCCCUCCCCGUCAUACAGUGAGAGUAAACCAGCUGGUGGAAGCCUACUGAAUGGACCUCACUCCUAUACACAGGCUGUUGACACCAUCAAGGAGCCUCCGAGCUCUUUAAAAUCCAUGGCAGAGAGGGUAGCUCAUGGCUCAGGGUUAGAAGAAGAGCUGUCUGCACUACAUAUCACUAGUGAUAUAUUUCCCAACUCCACGACUUCAUCGGGCACUCCUGCAGCUCCUCAGUCAUCUGUAUCAGAGGUGAACAUCCCACCAUCGUUGGGCGUGUGUCCGCUUGGCCCUGCCCCCCUUUCCAAAGAGCAGCUCUACCAGCAAGCCAUGCAGGAGUCUGCCUGGACGCACAUGCCUCGCCCAUCUGAUUCGGAGAGGAUCAGGCAGUACCUGAUGAGGAAUCCUUGCCCAAUACUGCCUUUCCACCACCAGAUGCCACCUACUCACUCUGACACUGUGGAGUUCUACCAGAGACUGUCCACAGAGACCCUCUUCUUCAUCUUUUAUUAUUUAGAGGGUACGAAGGCACAGUAUCUAGCAGCCAAGGCCUUGAAAAAACAGUCAUGGAGGUUUCACACAAAGUACAUGAUGUGGUUUCAGAGGCAUGAGGAGCCCAAGACCAUCACUGAUGAGUUUGAGCAGGGGACGUAUAUUUACUUUGACUAUGAAAAAUGGGGCCAGAGGAAAAAGGAAGGAUUUACAUUUGAGUAUAGAUAUCUCGAGGACCGAGACCUUCAGUGACAAGCAGACAACUGGCAGGAACGGAGGACUACUGUCGACAUUCCGAACUGAAACAACACGCACAUACACACUCUCUUUCAUUCACCAAGGUGGAGACCCAGAUGCGAGUGCGGGACAGUUUUUUUGUCUCGCUGGUGCAUAAUGCAUCUGGAGCUCGCCCACUCUUCUUCAAUACUCCCCCCCUUGACACGCCCCUCUCCAUUUGUAACUCCGCCCCUCGUUCCAUCAGACUUGACAGCGUUAAACUUUAUGGAGCAUUAUUGCACCAAAUAAGGUAUUAGCAGUAAGAUUCGAGCAAAAACACAAAUAUGCCUGCGUAAUUUAUCCACAGCUAAUUUCGUAAAACAUCGUUUUAAGUACAAACAAAUUAAACCAUUUUAAGUAUUAAUACUAUUAAAGUGAACAUCAGCAAAUUUAAUUUGUUGGCACAAAUAUGUUUUGGCAUACACUGGUCCAAAAAAAACCGGUAACAGCGGCAAACUGUUCUCUUUCUUGCUCUGGUUAAAGCACAGGUGUUCAUUCAUAUCAUAUGUGCUUUGCCGUACAUAUAUAUUAUACCCCCACAUAUAGUGAUAUUUUGAAUUUUGCUACCACUGUGAUGUGACUUGAUAAGAGCCUAUAGCACCAGCUCAAGCACAUUAUAUUAAAGAUGUGUUUAUAGACACUAACUAACAGCAAGAAUUGGUUUGGCUUGGUCACUCUUAUCACAAAGACUUAAUAUAGUUAAAUUGUGCCUGUGUGAGCUGUGUUUAAUAUACAGAGCUUUUAUUUGGGCUAAGAAAGGGAGUUUACAAACGUUUAUUAGCUAUAUAUAUAUAUAUAUGUCAAUGUUGUCACACUUUCACACACUUCAUUAGAACCCAAUGUCGUCCAGAUUUGACACCGUUUCGUUCUACGACACUCAGAAAUAUCCAGAGUUUCAUAGGAAAUGUUUUGUUCCCUAAUAUUUGUCCGUGCUGUACAAGUUUGCAAUCAGAUUUAAUUUAGUGCAAAGAAAUGCUUUCGAGUGGGAGGAAUAGGGCAUUGAAGAAUAGGGCAUCACGCAAACAGCCCAUGCACACCACCUCGUUUUUAUUUUGACCUUUAACUUUCCUGAUGAGCGUGUGGAAGAGAGCAGAAAUGUGAAUUAUAGAUAUUUUUUCCUAACUGGAAAAGUGUUGUACAGAAUGUUUGUUUUCCUGUCGAUCUCCCCCGAUUUCAUUUGAAUGGCAUGAGAAAUUACACUCUAGAAAUGGCCUGGAUUAAAUAAACACGUUGAAAUUUAAGUAAAGACUGUAAAAUAUAAAUAAAAGAAUUA